AUGCUAGCACAGUGAAAGGUUUCCAGUGUAAGUCCUUCUUUCUCUUUGCCUGUAGGAACUCAGCGAGCUAACGCCCGAGCCCCAGCACCCUACAAGAGAGAUUUUGAGGCUAAACUCCGCAACUUCUACAGGAAGCUGGAAACUAAAGGCUACGGCCAAGGACCAGGGAAGCUAAAGCUGAUCAUCCGUCGUGACCACCUCCUGGAAGAUGCCUUCAACCAGAUCAUGUGCUACUCCCGCAAAGACCUACAGCGCAGCAAGCUCUAUGUCAGCUUUGUGGGGGAGGAGGGUUUGGACUACAGUGGGCCUUCCAGAGAGUUCUUCUUCUUGGUUUCCAGAGAACUGUUCAACCCUUAUUAUGGUCUGUUUGAAUACUCUGCCAACGACACGUACACUGUUCAGAUCAGCCCCAUGUCUGCCUUCGUGGACAAUCACCACGAAUGGUUCCGGUUCAGUGGUCGUAUUCUGGGUCUGGCUCUGAUUCACCAGUACCUGUUGGACGCCUUCUUCACCAGACCCUUCUAUAAAGGCCUACUGCGCAUUCCCUGUGACCUGAGCGACCUGGAGUACCUGGAUGAGGAGUUCCACCAGUCUCUUCAGUGGAUGAAGGACAAUGACAUAGACGACAUGCUGGACCUCACCUUCACUGUCAAUGAAGAAGUGUUCGGACAGGUGGGUCUGUGCGUACCUAUCCUACACGACUCCCACCAACAAGGGAAGUUCGGUUACCAUGACAACCACAUUGUGAUCCGGUGGUUCUGGGCAGCUGUUGAGAGGUUCAACAAUGAGCAGAGAUUGCGGCUCCUGCAGUUUGUGACCGGGACAUCCAGCAUCCCUUACGAGGGAUUUGCCUCGUUGCGAGGCAGCAACGGGCCUCGCAGGUUCUGUGUGGAGAAGUGGGGGAAAGUCACGUCACUACCCAGAGCUCACACCUGUUUCAACCGGCUGGACCUGCCCCCCUACCCGUCUUUCUCCGUUCUGUAUGAGAAGAUGCUGACCGCUGUGGAGGAGACCAGCACGUUUGGGCUGGAGUGAGACGCAUCGGUCCACAUGAGGAGGGUGGCUGUGGUAGAAACUGGUUUGAAGUCUGAGCAGUGUUUUAUGGAUGUUUUUAGGAGAACCUGAUGAGAGGAGUGACCCAUGAAGCUGAUCUCUUCAGUGUUUGCUGCACCUGCACGUAUUUUCACCUGCUUAGUAACUUUCACAUGUGUGAUGUGACAAAUGAAGACGCACACUGCCUGAGACUGGGAUCAGAACUGGCACCGUUUGACCAGUCAGAGACCCGGAUGUUUGGGGUUUUCCACUUUCAUAGGAGGAGCUUCAGACACAUCAGAGACUCCAGAAGCAAUCACUGCCUUCACUGCAAAAGCUGAAUGGAUUCAACCUCUUUUAUUUCUGUUUGGAUGGAGCUUCAUGGACCGUAUCCAGAACUCUGAGCUUCAGUGAAGCUGUAGUACAGCGUCUCCUUGUGGCCUAAUGCAGUAACUGACUCCUGGAGAUGGUGCAUAUCUCUCUGAAGGCCUUCACAGGUCGCCUAAGACACCUUUAGAUGAAGACUGUGGGGUUUUUCCAGUGGAAGUUGCCCACCGCUGGUUUUGGAGUCCAGUCAGACGUUUUGGUAUCGUUGUUACAGUAUUUUCCUCUACAAGAAAAGUGAUUUUCUAACGAUGUGGCCGUGACAUGAUGUGAUCUGAAUGUACCGUGAUCAUGUGGAUUGCAUGGGGAGUGAUUUUUUUUACCAAAUCUGGAUUAGCUGGCAAAAAACUUUGAGGCCAGAGUUUACUUAAUAAUGUCUUGACGAGCAAAUUAAGUUAAUUGGGUUCCAUGUAUCCAUAAACAUUUACUUUGACGUGUCGAACUGAUUUGAAGCCGACGUUGAUCCAUAUCAGAAAUGUUCAAACGACUCCACCUUCAAGAAAUGUAGGAAAAAAAAAAAGUGGUUUUGGCAGGUGUGCACUGGAAGGUUGUCGGUGGGGGUAUGAACACACACACACACACACACACACACACACACACACAUCCCUUCUGCAGCUGAAUGUCCAGCAGGUGUAGAGCCACGUCCAGCCACACUGCUCCAGUCGCUACAAAACAUCUGUUUUGCAUUCAGCCAGUCAGAGUGUUUAUCAGGGAAAGAUGUCAUGUAACAUACAUGUGGCCGUCCGUACUACUGCAGGUCCAUUACCCGAUACCAAAAAGUCCCUUCAUCAGAUGUCUGUAGACCCAGUUUAUGUUCAGGCCAUUUGCUCCAUCAGUCCCAGCCCGCUAGCACCAGCCUCUGUGCAGCAUUCAUGCUACACAUGCUUCACAAACAGCAACACUUCAGGAGCACAUGUUGAAGCAGAAGGUAGACGUUGGUCAUACAGCUGCACACGUCUGUCUGAGAUCAGCUUCAGCUGUCGUUCCUCUGACACAUCUACACUCCAGCCUUUGGUUGUCUCAUCCUCUGACUCCAUCCCGGCUCCCAUCUUUACUACAUUUAAUGCUUCCCUCACAAACACGUUUCUGGCAAACGGUUGCAGUCAGCCUUUUCUAAUGUUGCUGUAAAUCAGUACCAAUGUUCAUGUUCAGACUCAAACAGUUAGCCAGUUUGUUUUUUCAUCUUGCUGGUUUACAAAAACAUUUCCUGUUUGCAGCAGGUGUGGAGCUCAUGCAGGUUCCUGUGAUGCUGAACCUGUUCAGAUAGAGAAUGAGCUGUCGGUGACUGAAGCUACGACCGUGGCUGACCGGCAGUGAGCUCCUCAUAGCUCGUAGCUAACGCUGGCGACGGCCUUUGCUGCAGACCGGACACAAACAUUCAACCGAUUUGUGUGACUGUCAGUGAGACCUGUGCACCUGUCGACAGGUGUUUGACUCCUCUUGAACAGACUGCUCCAGGUGUCUCAGGUGUGAAGGCUGCCUUCUCCAGACGCCAUGUUUCAGCUCCUUCCACAGAUGUUCCAUAGGAUCCAGAUCAGGGCUCAUAGAAGGCCACUUCAGAACAGUCCAGUGUUGGUUCUGAGCCCUUCUCGGGUGUUUUGGGUCUUUGUCCUGUUCGGGGGCCCAGUUUUUAAAAAACAGUGAUUGUGUUGAACCACACAUCAGAGGCACUGUCUGGUUUUCUUUUGUUAAUUUUCACUACAUUUUUAUUUAUUAUUACUUUUGUCAGUUUCAGGUUGUUUUCGGGACCGUUGUGGGUUUUCUUUCUUUAACAGAAGAAGUUCUGAGAUGUGGCGUGGAGCCAGACCAUGUCGGGAUGUAAACGUAGUCAGGAAGUGGGAGCUGGUGAAACCGGGCCAGCACCAGAGUGUUCUGUUUCCUGUGCGAGCUGAGUGUGGAUGGCUUUGUUGUGGACUUUUCAACUCGCUGUGAAGAGCUGUGCUGUUUGGGCAGGUGGAGAACGAGCUGCUGUAGGCCAGAGAACGACAGCAUCCAUGUCUGGGUGGACGUUGGAGCCGUUUGGUUCCUUCACUUCAAUCAGCACCAAGAAUCUUGUUCAGUUUUUGCUGUUUGCAAAUUUAAAAAAACCUGUUUUCCAAGUUUCUAGCUGAUUGCCUCUUGUUGAGUGUUAAACACAUGAACCCGACCAACAACCAGGACUUGAGUCUUCUCUGUGUUCAGGCCUCUACCAGCAGCAAGGCAGCUCUGCAGAGAGUCCAGUGAGGGUUUUUAGGGUCAGAUGAGGCGUACAGCUGGGAGUGCCUGGCAUCGCAGUGCAGAGAACUGAGUUUGUUUAAAGUCACCUGAAACUCUUUCUUUGAUAAGUAAGAUAAAAACCUGUUGGGGGCGUCCAGGCCACAGGAGUUCCAUCUCGGCCUGCUCAGAACCUUCUGAGAACAAUGCCACCAUGUGGAGCUUUGACCCGACAGACGGGAUGAGAACGCUGGCUGUUCAUAGGUCUGCUGAAGGUUACAGUAACAGAUGUUAUUCAGUGCUUUGGACAACAUCAUGGUGACUAGAAGCUGCUCUGUUUUACGAUCUAACAGCUGAGAGGGCAACCCUUACCCACCUCCACCACCUCCACCUCCACCACCACCUCCACCUCCACCUCCCUCUGGACACGCUCCCACACAGUCAAUUCAGACGGUUCAACUUUGAGUCACAUAUUUAAAUGUCAACUCAGCAUUUCAUUUUGUUCACUGGUUGCUGGCUGUUUAUUUGCCUCAUAACUGUGAACAGGAGCUUCACAUGAUGAAGCCUUUCUCUCUUUGUGUUUUGGCGCCCUCUUGUGUUCAUGAACUGCAGCACCUGAUUUUACAGACUGUUUAAGCUCUGACUCAGUUUUCUAGGUUCUCUAGAUUUGCACACGAUGCUUUAUAGUCGUGUUUGUUUUUGAUCAGGUUCACAUCAAGCACGCAUUUCGCAGUUAAAAGCAGACUGUCGUCACAACAGAAGCACGAACGUCCUCGACUGAACCCACGGUGAAGGAGCUUGUGGUGCGUUCUUUCUCUUUUGUACACUGAGAUCAUUAUCAGCUGUCCUCUUCACUCACGUUCCCCUCUGCACUAAGAAUGUUAGCAUGCCUUCUCCUGCUGCAUCCAAAUACAACAUGUAGAUAAUGUUUUGGAGGGAACACACUUUAUCCACACAGCAGAACCCGGACCGUACGGAGGCCUGAACACAACGGCCCAGAAGUUUACCUGAGGUCACAUUUAUCAUUUAGUCAGAACGACAGAUACUAUCUCCUUCAUUUGGACAUGGCAUCGAAUUGUUUUCACUUAAUUUGUCAAAAACUGAAGAAUGUUCACGUCAUCAUUUCUGGCUUCAUAAGUCAGCAGUUUCAUUGUUUUGACUCUUUGGAGUUGGUUUUGCUUUUUUAUUGUUUCGUCUGUUCCUACAGCAGACACACGUUUGUUAAGGAGCAGAGACCAGCUUUGGUAUCGACACAGCAUGAACUAUGAAGGAGGUCCAUGUCAAAGUGAUCACCAUGUUCUGGACUUGCUGUUUUCCUUUACAGUUUUAGAGAAUGGAAAUAAUGUUUGGUAGGAACCUGGAUAAAAUCUUAUUGGAAAUUCAAUUUAAAUUCACCUUCUCCCUCACUGGAUGCAUCAUCCCACGUCUGUCUGAGCAGAUUGUACCAAAGUUCUGAGCCUGAAGCGGCUCCGUCACAUCGAUCAGCCACCUCUUCUGUCGUCACCUCACUUUAAAUAUGAAUGUUUGUCAGUACACCUCCAGAAAUAAAGUGUAAUCUCUCUACA